AUGAAGAAGUCAUUGUUGGUCCUUUCUCUAAUCAUUGGAUUGUCUACUGCUUUUGAUAAUACCUGUAAUAAUAAUGUUGUUGCCUAUUGGGGUCAAAAUUCAUUUGGUGCUGCCAAUAGUCAGGAUAAAUCUGGUUGGCAAAAGCCAUUAAGUUUCUAUUGUGAUGAUGACUCUAUAAAUGUCUUUCCAAUAUCCUUUUUAACAACUUUCUUUGGCCCUGGAAACAGUCCUGAAAUCAAUCUUGCCAAUACAUGUAACAGUGUCGAUAACUCUACUUUUGCUGGAACUGCUUUGGCUGACUGUACAAGCAUGGCUUCUGAUAUCAAGUAUUGUCAAUCAAAAGGCAAGCUGGUUACCCUCUCUUUGGGUGGUGCGACUGGUAGCGUUGGGUUUCAAUCAGAAGAUCAAGCCAACAUAUUUGCAGAAACCAUUUGGAACGUCUUUUUGGGUGGUAGCUCAUCCACUCGCCCCUUUGGUGAUGCUAUACUAGAUGGCAUUGACCUUGAUAUCGAAGGAGGCGGAUCAAAUUAUUAUGUACCUUUUCUUCAAAAAUUAAGUUCAUACUUUGAUGAUUCAAAAAAGUAUUACAUUACUGCUGCUCCCCAAUGUGUCUUUCCUGAUGCUAAUCUUCAAAAUACCUUGAACGCUUUCCCAUUCGACGCUGUUUAUGUUCAAUUCUAUAAUAAUCCCUGUGGUCUUCAAUACUUUGAUAGCAAUCAGUGGAACUUUGGUGUCUGGGAUAACUGGGCUCGUAAUUCCUCUCCUAAUCCCAAGGUCAAGGUUUACAUCGGCGCACCUGCUAGUCCAUCUGCUGCUGGUAGUGGUUAUGUUGGUCCUGAUACUUUACUUAAAAUUGCAGCGACAACAAAAGAAUCAUUUCCUAGCUUUGGUGGUGUCAUGUUCUGGGAUGCAUCACAAGCUUAUGCUAAUAAUAACCUUGCUGCUACUAUAAAAAAUGGAUUAUCUAGUGGAAAAAGCUGUGGCCAGUCGUUUAAUCUUUCUGUAUGUACUGCACCUCCUUAUGUUGCUGGUACUAGCUACAGUCGAGGAAGUACGGUUAGUUACAAUGGAUAUACUUGGGUUGCUAAAUGGUAUGCCUCGUCUCCUCCAUCUUCAAAUCCUUAUUCUGAUUGGGUUCCUAUCAAGGCAUGUAUGCCAAAUACGAGUGGAGCAGAAACAUCUCUACCAAAUAUGAUACCUGUUAGCAGUAUAUCCAAAUCAGCUUCCAGUUCUAUACAAUCCAUCACAUCAAGUCGUUCUGUUAUGGUACCCACAGCAUCAUCAUCAGCAACACUAUCAGUAUCCAACACUGCCUCGCCUCCUGCAGCUACUGGUUCCCCAUCAGUGCCUUCUACAUGUUCCGGCGUACCUGAAUGGUCACCCACUAUUGCUUACACUGGUGGCAACAUGGUUUACUACCAAAAUGCUGUUUGGAAAGCAAAAUGGUGGUCUCAAAACGAUAUUCCUGGUGGUGUCGCAGGCGUUUGGGAAAAGGUGGAUGCUUGUGGCCAGUCAAGAACUUUAUCAGCUCGAUCUAUUAUUGAGGCUGCUGCAAGAGUUCAUUGUAAGCGUGACACUACCAAGUGGAAUAGAUUCAAGAAGUACAGUAAAGGAAAUAGGGUUCUUUACAAACGCUCGGUCUAUGUUGCUUCUGAUUCUAAUGUUAAUGAGCAACCAGGAUCUACUUCUUUCUUCUGGCAAAAAGACAUUAACUGCGUAUAAGCAAGCUUAAAAUGGCUACAUAUUCACUUAGAUACCAUACUCGCUGUUGCUAUUUAAUUUAUUGAUUUUUAGACAUAUAUUUAUACAUUCAUAUCAAUUUCGUAUAUAGAAAGAAAAUAAUAAAAAAAAGG